UAAUUUUACGGUUUCACUCAUUGCUAACGGUGGAUGUGUUUCUUUAUGGGGUCGUGUUUUCACAUCCAGUGAAGACGCAGGACCGUUACAACGAGAAUUUGUUUGUCCUGUACGUUUGACCGCUGUCUGUGUCCUACAGUUAGCCUUAGCGGCUAGUCUGCUAAAUGCUAAUGUUGCCGAGCUAACGUUUUCGCGUAAGCCUGGCUUACGAGAAACGUAUAACUAGUAUGAAUAUUAGACCGAUGGAUACUCAGAUUUGGAGAACUUUUAUUAAGAUGCCGUCCUGCGUUUAAAGGAUCGAGUUGGGUAUAAGUUGAACUCCGACUAGGUUAGCUAGCGCGGCUCUCGAAUUUUUAGCACAGCAAAUAACAGCUGGAAGGAGGAAGUAUCAGACCAUAGCUUUUUUAAGCUGUUCUGGCCGCUGCAAAGAUACAGAAAGUCGUUAUUAGAUAUGUUCUUUGAAAGAUUGUUGUGUCAUACGCUACUAAUAGUUGUUUACUUUGUUUCAUUGUACAAUUCCGGCGAGGUUUGUUGUCAGUUUAAUCUGAAUUUAAAAGUAAAAAACAGUCGAGUCUGUCACUGCGUCGACAUACCCGUAAAUGUUAAAAUAUGAGCUGAAUGCAAACUAUCCGGAUAGAUGCACCAGUAAACGUUUAAUCUCAGUGUUAACUUUUGCCAAACCUGUUGCUCUUGCAAAUCGGUUGACAAAAAUAGGAUUGAAGGGGAAGAUUCGGCAACAACUCGAGUGAUCUUAUUUAUGUUUAAUAAGCCAAAUUCCUUUAAAUUCAUUAUUCUCUCAGCUUUUAUUCACCAUAUUAAAGUUCAGGCCAUCAUGCCCACUCUUAACAUUGAGGGAUUGUUUGUGCAGCCUAACUUUUUUUAAAAUUCAUUUUGUGUGUAAAGCACACACGGGGGAUGUUGGGUAUCUCAGGAUCUUGUUCAGAUCUUUCAUGUUCAGAUCUCUCAGACCUGAACAUGAAAGCAAAGCUGUCAAUUUACCAAUUGAUAUACGUCCUUACCCUCACCUAUGGUUAUGAGCUCUGGAUUGUGGCUGAAAAAAUUAUAUCACAGAUACAAAUGGCGGAAAUUAGUUUUCUCCUAAGGGUGGCUAGCCUCUCUCUUUAAGAUGGGAUGAGGAGUUCAGCCAAGCCAGAGGCAUUCAGAGUAGAGCCGCUACUCCUGCACAUUGAAAGGGGCAAGUUUGAAUAGCUCAGGCAUCUGAUUUGGAUGCCUCCUGGGCGAGGUGUUCUGGGUAUGUUCUACUGGAAGAAAGCCCUAGGUAUUCCCUGGACACUUUGGAGUGUCUUGGUGUUCUCCCAAAUGAGCUAUAGGAGGUGCCUGGGGAGAGGGUGGUCUGGACUUCUCUGCUUAGGCUGCUGACCUCACGAUCUGGCCCCAGAGAAGCAGGAGAAGAUGGAUGGUUGAGUAAUGCCAAGUACUGUUUGCAAGCCAGAAGCAUUAAAAACUUUCCACUUCAUUAUCAUUAACUGUAAAUGCAGACAUUAAUAGAAAUGCAGAUAGUAAUCCAUAACAAUAAAGUUUUUAUUACAGUUUUUAUUUAUUUUAAGUUUGUUCAGUGUCCAGUACCCCCAGAGCAAAUGACCAGAAUACUUUUGGUCCUUUAUAUAGAUCUGGCACAGGACUCCACACAGUGACCCACACUUGUUGGUCAGCCAAGACUAGAAGCAUAAUGUUUAGAGAUGCACUAAAUACGAUUUUUCUUGGUCGGUUCAGAUUUGUUUUUGAAGUCUGACCUGCUCAUCCCUAUUUUCUAAGAACUAUAAAUGACAACACGUGGAAAUGAAUAUCUACUCUUCAAUGGAAAAAUAAAGCUAAUUUGAGCUGCUCUCUUGCCACAAGGAGUUGCCACAGCAGUGAGGAUGUCUUUGAAUGACGAGGGGUACGUGGUUCGGAUCAGAGGACUUCCCUGGUCCUGCACACAAGAUGAGGUGGCCAGUUUCUUUUCUGACUGUGACAUCGUGGGAAAAGUAAAUGGAGUGUGUUUCACAUACUCAAAAGAAGGCCGUCCAAGUGGAGAGGCAUUUAUUGAGCUGAAAACAGCAGAAGAUUUCAAGAAUGCUCUUGCGAAGGACCGUAAAUACAUGGGGCACCGAUAUAUAGAAGUGUUCAAGUCGAACCGUAGUGAGAUGGACUGGGUGCUGAAGCGUAGCGGUCCUGCUGACUAUGACAGCUGCAGUGGCUGCAUGCUGAGACUUAGAGGCCUGCCCUUUGGCUGCAGUAAGGAGGAGAUUGUUCAGUUUUUCUCAGGGUUGAGAAUCGUGCCAAAUGGGAUAACUCUGCCAGUGGACUACCAGGGGAGGAGCACAGGGGAAGCCUUCGUGCAGUUUGCCUCAAAGGAGAUAGCAGAAAAGGCUCUGGGGAAACACAAGGAAAGAAUAGGGCACAGGUACAUAGAGAUUUUUAAGAGCAGUCGUAAUGAGAUCAGAGCCUACUAUGAGGUGCCCCGGCGGGGAAUGGGAGCCCAGAGACCAGGGCCCUAUGAUAGACCAAUGAUGAGCGGGCCCAGAGGAGGGUUUUUUGGUCCUUCUCCUGGCCGCGGUGCCACCAUGAUGGAUAAUAUGAGGAGUGGAGGUGGUUAUGGAGGAGGUUACAGUAGCUUUGACAACUACAACGGGUUUAACAACUACUGUUUUGGCAACGGCAUGUUUGACGAGCGAGUGAGAGGAGAGAGGGGAGGAAGAGGAGUGGGAAGCCAUGGUUACAGUGGUCAGAGUGACGUCGGCUCAGGCUUUCAUAGCGGUCAUUUCGUCCAUAUGAGGGGUCUACCUUUCCGUGCCACAGAGGGAGACAUCGCUAAAUUCUUCUCUCCUUUGAACCCGUUAAGGAUCCACAUCGAUAUGGCUCCCAACGGCAAGUCAACUGGAGAGGCAGACGUGGAGUUUCGCUCCCAUGAAGAUGCCGUGGCCGCCAUGUCCAAAGACAAAAACCACAUGCAACAUCGCUACAUCGAGCUGUUUCUUAACUCGACAGCUAGCGGUGCCGCUGAAAUGAGCCGUGGCAGCGGUGGUUACUAUGGUAACUCAGGAGGAGGAAGCUCCCGGAGCAGUGGGCUGCGAGGUGCAUACUGAUGAUGUCAUCCCACAGCUCCAGUCCAUCCUGGCGUUCCUGUCACGUCUCUGAAGGCCACAUUUAAUCAAUGAGCAUUUCUAAGCAGGAAAGCUGACGCAAAGUUCCACAUUUGUUUCUUUUCUUUUUUUUAAAGUCAGAAUGAAAAAAGUAAGACACAGACAUGACCACAACGAGCACUAUUUUCACACUAUUCCUAAAAGCAUACGAAGAACAACACAGCUUAUCGGAGAUAAAAAUCCCGGAGCUGUCACAGGUGCUGAACGUGGUCGACUGGUCAUGUCAAAGGGUUCAUGUUUCUUAAAAUUGAAGAUGUAGUACAGUUUAUCUGAAUACAGACAAAUACAGAAAAGAUACAAAUUGCACAAAGACAUGUCGUCUUUUGUAAUUAUAUUUUUUUGGAAUGGUAUUAAGAGCGUUACAUCUGAAUGCAUUCGUUUUCGACGACUUUAGUGGGAUGCACUUUUUUUUCUUUUUUUUUUAAAAAUUCUUCAGUGCAGCAGGAGGAGCUUCAUCCCACAGAGCAACAGCUGUGGUGUUUGAUAUGUAAGGGGUGGGUGGAUUGCUUUGGUUUGGGUAUCUCGUUGCAAGUCUUCAUAGGUUGAAGUCUUAAUCAUCUUGAUUGAAGUGUGUUCAGAUAAUAACAUCCAUUUGACCUGGACUUCAAAUCAGCUUUUCUGGUUGAGAAUGUUUUGUAAAUGUGAGCCUGUGUGUUUUUUAUGAAUGUUUUCACAGUUCAUUACAGAAUUUAAAAAAAUAAGUUGAAAUAUUAUAUUCCACUCUCAAAGAGUGGAAUUAAAAUAGUCUAUAUUUGAGCUGUAAGAUAGCUUGUGCAGCUGUUGUACAUUUUGCCUAAUAAAUUUUAUAUUUAAUUGUC